AUGAACACCAACCAAAAAGUCUACCCCUCGGGGCAGCACUACUCCGGAGCCAACCGCAUCCCCAACAUCAAGCAAUUUGUCGAAUCCCUCGACAAAGAGAAGCGUGAGCGCGAUGCCCAGAUCGACGCCGAGCUCAAGAAGAACAAGGGCAAUGGCGAAGCCAAGGCGCAUGUGCCCACCGACCAGCGGAAGCCAGGCAAGAACCGCCGCACCGUCCGCGAUCCGACCACGGGGAAGGACGUGGAGAUUGAGGAUAUUGGGGGGCAUCAUAUGAAGGCUGCUGAGGAGCCUAUGCUUACCGUCCCCAACGCCAACCUCGGCAAAGAAACAACCAAACAAACCACCUCCUCCCAAAGCGGCGAGGAAUACCGCGUCGCCCAAGACGUCACCGCCCCCCCGGACCCCGUCGCCCAAGGCUCAACCUCCGACGUCCCCAUCCACGGCGAAAAAACCAACGUCCUCUUCCACCCAACCCCCAGCGUCAGCUACGAGCCCAUGUUCGCGGCCAUCGAGGCCCGCGCCAACGUGCUCUGCGCCGGCGUCUUCAUCGGCAUCAUUUUUCUUGGUAGAGUGCUUGGUGGCGGGAGUCUGUGGACUCUGUUCCCGCUUGCUGGUACGGUGGCCUCGGGGGUUUAUCUCUGGGCUAAGGAUUUGAUCCGCCAGGGAAGAGCGACGGAGUGGAGUGCGGAGCAGAAGAGAGGGGAGACGGCGGUGGUGAAUUUGAUUCCGGAGUCGGUGGAGUGGUUGAAUACGGUUGUGGGGUUGAUUUGGGGGUUGAUUAACCCGGAUAUGUUCGCUGCGGUGGCGGAUACCCUUGAGGAUGUCAUGCAGGCUAGUGUGCCGGGGGUUAUUGAGCAUGUUAAGGUGAAUGAUAUCUCGCAGGGGAGCAACUCUCUGCGGAUUCUUAGUCUGCGGGCGCUCCCGGAUAGCCAAGUGGAGGACCUCAAGGAGGAAAUCCACAAGCGGGAUGCUAAGGAGAAGGACCCCCAGGAACUGGCGGCUGAAGAGGAAGGGGGUGACUUCUAUAACCUCGAGGCUACGGUUGCGUACCACUCUCUGCCGUCCACGGGCGAUGUGUCGUCCAAGGCAAAGAACAUGGGAAUGCAGCUGGUCUUUUAUCUCGGUGUCAAGGGGCUCUUUGGGGUUCCGUUCCCCAUCUGGGUUGAGCUGAACCGACUCGUGGCCACCGUCCGGCUGCGGGUCGCUCUCGCGCCGAACCCGCCCUUCGUCAAGACGCUCAGCUUCACCCUCAUGGGCCUGCCCAAAGUCGAGGCGAGCUGCGUGCCGUUGAUCGAGAAGGGCGCCAACAUCCUGAACCUACCCCUGAUUUCCAAUUUUGUCAACUGGGCCAUCGCGACCGCUGCCAACAUGUACGUCGCUCCCAAGUCGAUGACGCUCGACAUCGGCAAGAUGCUGCAGGGCGACGACAUCUUGAAGGAGACCAACGCGCUAGGUGUCUUGUUCAUCAAAAUCCACAAGGCGGUCGGUCUCAGCAAGCAGGACCGUCGCGGCAGCGAAGGGGGCGGCUCGGAUCCUUACAUCUGCGUGUCGUUUUCCAAGUUUGGCAAACCGCAGUACUGUACGCGUGUCAUCCAGGACGAUCUCAACCCCAUCUUCUCCGAGUGCUGUGCGCUGCCCAUCACGGCGGACGUGAUCAAGGCGGAUGAACAGCUUUCGCUCGAGCUCUGGGACAGUGACCGGUCGUCGGCGGACGACGUGGUCGGCAAGGUCGAGCUGAGCAUCCAGAAGCUCAUCCAACACCCCGGCAAGAUGUUCCCGCAGGUCUCCAAGCUGAAGGGCGUCAAGGCCGACAGCACCAUGCCGGGCGAGCUCCACUGGGAGGUCGGGUUCUUCGGCAAAACGCAGUUCCGCCGUGCUCUACUUACCGACGGCCAUGAUCCCAACUUGCCCGAGGGUCUCCGUGACAAGAAGGAGUUGCAGGAUGACAAGGGGAGUCUCGACAAUGCCGAGGAAGAGGCUGUCGUGCGCACCCCGCCAGACCCGCUGUGGCCGAGCGGUAUUCUCAGCGUGGUCGUGCACCAGAUUGUCAAUCUCGAACUCGCCAACAUCAAGGGCUCGCAGGGCGGUAAGCGCAAGAACGGCAAGGAGUACGAGCCCGCUCGGCCCGAGGCCGGCGAGAUCAAGGAGCAAGAGGGGAAGAAACUGCCGAGCUCGUACUGCACGGUGCUUGUCAACGACGAGCUGGUGUACAAGACACGUACCAAGGUGGUGUCCUCGCGACCCAUCUUCGAGGCCGGCACGGAGCGUUUUGUCCGUGACUGGCGGUCGUGCAUUGUGACGGUGACCGUUCGCGACUCCCGUAACCGUCAGCACGACCCCAUCAUCGGUGUCGUCCCUCUGCGUCUUUCCGAUAUCCUCCAGACCGGCAGCCAGAGCACGCGCUGGUAUCCGCUCGACGGCGGCAUCGGCUUCGGCCGCAUCCGCAUCAGCCUGCUGUUCCGCUCUGUCGAGCUGCGUCUCCCCCCCACACAGCUCGGCUUCGGCGAGAUCGGGACAUUCGAGUUCACCUCCGACGCCCUGGUCACGUCGGGUUAUUCCCCCUCCGAGCGCACCAAGAUCCGCAUGCGCACCGGUGGUUCCUCCGCCAGCGUCAAACCCGAUGUCUGCCAUCGCACCAGCGACGGCAACGGUCUGACCUGGGACAUCAGCGGACCACCCUCGCAAGACGACAACAGCAGCACCCACCGCAAAAAAUCCAAAUCCGUCCGCAUCCGCCUCCCCGUCCGCUUCCGCUACCGCUCCCCCAUCUUCUUCGAAUUCCACCCCCCCAACACCCGCCGCAAAACCAACACCUUCGCCUCCCUCUGGCUGCAAGACGUCCCCGACGCCGAAGAACUCGACUUCGACCUCCCCAUCUGGAAAUGCGACAACGGCAUGCGGCUCUCGCAAAACUACAUCACCGAAGCCAACCUGCACGACGUCCCGGCGCUACGCGCCGAAGAAAUCGGCCGGUUGCGUUUCCGCGGCCGGUUCAAGCCCGGUACGGACCGGGAUCACCUCCGUUUUGUCAGUGAUAACGAUUCCCGCGAGACGAUUGAGUCGUGGGAGGCUUGUUAUGCGGAAGGGGUCCGGGGGGAGUUUGUGCGUCCGGAGGUCCCGCCGGCGGUGCAGAAGUUGCAUGAUGAGAGUUUGACGCAUGGGAGGGAUGUACUGGCUAUGGCGCCGGAGGAGGAUAAGAAGAAGUGGUUGGCUAAGGAUGGGACUGAUUGGAGUGGUGCGUUUGGGCAGGACCCGGCGGGGGUGGCUGAGGCGAAGAGGAGGGCUGCGAAUGCUGGUGGUGGGAGUGGUAGUGGUAGUGCGCACCCGGAGGAUGAGGAACAUCAAUUCGUUGAGGAAGAAAGCAGUGACGAUGAGCACAGUCAAGAUAUUGGAGAAGAAGAAGGAGAAGAAAACGACGAGAACGUCGACCUCGGACUCAACGAUGCCGACCACGGCUCCGCCGACGGCCCCUCGGGCAAGGGCAAAGCCCGACAAAGCUUCGGGGCCAACGAUGAGGAAGCCGGGGACAACUACACCUGGCAACAGGGCGGCAGCGAGGAGGGCGAUAGCAGUCCGCAGCACUCGCGCAAGUCAAUGGAUAGUACGGCCACGGGCGCCACGGGCAAGUCGAAUAGCAGCAAGAAUCCGAUCAAGCAGUACCGCGAGUAUCGGAAUCGGAGUCGGGAUUUGCAUCGGAAGCAUCGGGGUUUGAUGCAGUGGAGACCGAUGCGCAACGCGCAAUUUGCUAAAGAUGAGGCUCUCUUUGCUGCGAGGCGGGUGAUGAAGGUUGGUAGUUUGUCUGGACGGACGCCGGAUGUUGAGACGGAGGUUUGA